GGACGGAGGGAGAAACCGGUGUGUUGAUUUAGGGGAACUAAAAUGAGUAAAGGACAAUCGCAGUCUCAAGCGUUCAGCAUUUUUUAUUUUUUUGUUUUUCUUGCGCUCACUUUCAUCUGGCAAAAUUUUCCCGGGCCCUCAGUCACCCAAGUCCAGCCCCCACAAUACUCGUAAUUCUGAAGGAAGAAGGGAAGAAAACCAUUCCAGAACUGAAAGCCCAAGUCCAGUCAUUUCGGAUGCAUAUCAUUCAUUUGUCUAUUUAGAUGGUGGCCCAAAUAUUUGAGAUGGUCUUGGAGCACCGCAAGGGAGGAAACCCAACAACCCCAGGACAGAGCGGGACUGGGUUUCGUGUGUUUACUUGGGCUACAGAAGGCGGGGGUGGGGGUGGGGGCCGCCCGAAAAGACUACAACUCCCAGCAUUCCUGCUCAGUCUCCUCCCCGUUUCUGUCCAUCAGAGAGGCAAGGCUCAGUGAGUCAGUACCCUACAGUAAAUAUUUGUAUUAGCAAGAGCCGGCUGUAAUGGUGGAUCUGUAAAGGAGAGCCAGGGAGAGCCCAGCCUUCGCCCAGAGAUUCCUCCCGUUGUCUGGCAGGGGAGCGAGUGGAGCCGACUUGGCAGCAUGUCGGUGAACAUGGACGAGCUGAAGCACCAGGUCAUGAUCAAUCAGUUCGUGCUGACUGCGGGGUGCGCCGCGGACCAGGCGAAGCAGCUCCUUCAGGCGGCACAUUGGCAAUUCGAGAUAGCCCUCAGUGCUUUUUUCCAAGAGACCAAUAUCCCUUACAGUCACCACCAUCAUCAGAUGAUGUGCACUCCCGCCAACACCCCUGCCACACCCCCCAACUUCCCCGACGCCCUCACCAUGCUCUCCCGCCUCAAGGCCUCCGAGAGCUUCCACAGCAGCAGCCCCAUGGCUUCCUCGGCCACCUCGCCCCCUCCCCUUCCGCACCCCCCCCACUUCGGCAGCUUCCCCGCCGCCUCGCCACCGCCCGGUCCGCUGCCGCAGCCCCAGCAGCCGCAGCAAUACUCAUGGACUCCUGCCCCCUCCUCCCAGCCCUCGGACUGGCCGCCCCCCGCCUCCCAGCGGGCCACCUCAGAACAGAAGGCCAGCGCGACCAUGGAGGCCGAGAGAUAAGGGAGGCCGAGGGCCCGCGGGGCCAGGGGCAGGGGAGAGGACGUCUCCUCUGGGCCCCCUCAUGCUUCUCCUCCGCACCCCCACGUUUA